AUGGCGGACAUUGACACGCACUCGUCGUCGUCCUCGGACGGCGGCGGCGACGUGUUCCUCUCGCCGCGCUCGUCCGGGGCCAGCAAGCGCAGCGUGCAGUCCGUGCCCACCGUGCGCGAGGACCAGCAGCAGCCGGAGACGGAGCCGCACGACCACGACGUGCGGCGCAGCACCGUGAGCCGCCGCGAGACGUGGAUCGGCGAGGGCCUGAUCGACGCCAGCGGCCUCGAGGCCAUCGACCGCCUCAGCGACGGUGACUACGCCGAGAUCGUCAAGGAGUCGCAGGCCGUGCACCGCGGCGCGGACGCGGACGACGCCAAGGCCGCCAAGCUCAACGAGUUCCUGAACCAGACGUACCCGGCGGAGGGCGACGCCCCCAAGCAGUCGACGCAGAGACGCCGCAAGCUGCUCGACUUCCUCGCCAACGACGUGGGCGAGCGCUACCUCAACGGCGUCUACAAGGAGGAGGAGCGCGAGGCCGGAGAGGACGAGGCCGGACUGGACGACCUCGUCGACAGCGACGACGAGCCCAAGUUCCAGCACGCCGAGGACCUGCACACGCUAAGCAGCCGCUCGGCGCGCGCUAAUAGCCGCCUGCAGGCCUUCCUGGCCCACGAGAAGAAGGACAAGCGCCACAGUGGCGACGCGAGCCAGUCCUUCUCGUCCGCGCACUCGGCGCCGGCGUCCUCCGAGCCGCGCAACAAGUUCGUGACCAAGGUGGUGUCCCAGAAGUCGCGCAUGAUGCUGUUCAACCCCGAGGACGUCGACUCGCAGCAGCUGAGCCGGAUCGUGGCCGAGGAGGCCGAGCGCAAGCAGAAGGCGCGCGCCGACAAGGAGCUCGCGCGCCAGAAGGUGCGCCAGUUCCUGCUCGAGGAGGAGCGCGAGGCUGCCAAGCGCAAAGGCUCGGACAACGAGGCGACUAUCAAAUCUGUAGACGAAUCCACUGUUCGUCGGGAGACGGUGAUCGACGACUACGGCAAGGUCAAUCUGCUCGACUACUUGGACCGGGUGGUGGACGACGGACACCGCAGUCGCAACGGCGGCAGCGUGCCGUCGGAGGUGGACGACUCCGGUCCUCCGAGCGAGUGCUCGUCGCCUCGAUCGAUCGCCUCGUCGCUUGAGGCGGACACCAGCACGUCCUUCACGCAGGGCAACGAUGAGUCGGUGUCUCCGCCGACUUCGAACACACUGGGCAACCGAUUCGCGCAGUUCCUGCACCGCGGUGGUUCGUUGAUGGGAUCGGAGGAGAGCAGCACGCCGCGUGUGCGUCGCAUUAUCCCUCCUUCGCCGUUCCAGUCCAAGGCGUCCAGCGACAAGAUGACGCUGGAGGCAGCGUUCCACGCGUCCAAGCCGCCGGAGCCUCCUGCCGCCCCGGCCAUCUAUGGCGCAACUUCCGCGCGCAUGACGCCGCUGCUCGCUACGCUGGACCAGAUCUCGCAUACGUGCCAGAAGAACGAAUUGUCCGAGGUAUCGAUCGCGCGCAUCUCGACGCUGCUGACGUCUAUCAACCAGAUCGUGCGCGACGACAUCCAGAAGCACCGCGGCCAGCCGAACCGUGCCGUUCGUCGAAUGUCCGGUGCGCAAUGGGCCAAGAGCGAGCACGACUCGCACGAGCACGAGAAGCCGCGUCGGGCUCCGGCUCCUGUGCCUCCCAAGCCGGUCGCUGAGAUCCCGCGUGAGCCUGCGCCGAUCGUGUCCGCUUCUGCCACGGUUGACAACGCCAAGUUGAAGACUGGACCCGGCGUUCUGAAUGCCUUCAAGUCGUUCGACGCGGCCCAGAACUUGAUUGAAACGCUUUCGAGCUUCAACAAGCUGCUGACGGAGUGCGGCCUGAGCGGCGUCAAGGUGGACGAGCCGUGGCGCGUGUACAACCACAUCAAGGCGGCCGUGUACAGCAAGCUGGGCUUCCGUCACAAGCAGCUCUUCAAGCUGUUGGACGCGCGCUUCAACAUGGACGUGUACAAACGCAAACCCGCUGCCAAGAAGCGUGUGUGCAUCAUCGGCGCCGGUCCUGUGGGUCUGCGCGCCGCUGUGGAGACGGCGCUGCUCGGCGGCCAAGUGGUGGUGCUGGAGAAGCGCAAGCACUUCAGUCGUGAGAACAUUCUGCACCUGUGGCCGUGGGUGGUGCAGGACCUAACGGCGCUCGGUGCGAAGGUCUUCUUCCCCUCGUUCUGCCACUCAACCGCGUAUUUCCACGUCGGCACUCGUCAGCUGCAGCUCAUUCUGCUGAAGGUGGCUCUGCUUGUCGGUGUCACAGUGUACUCGUCGACGGCGUUCGAGUCGGUGAUCUCCCCCAACUCGGAAGAGAGCGACAACAAGCCGUUCUACACCGUGGCGACGCAGCCGCAGAUCCCGUGGAUGGAGUUUACCGCAGUGCUCGGCGCGUCGGGUACCAACGACAAGCUGGCUGAGCCCGCGGGCAUCAACCGGUUCGUCUUCAGUCGCAAGGAGGCGCUUGGUAUCGUGUGCUACUUCCCGAACCUGGGCACGACCGAGGAGAAGAAGGUGACGGAGUUCUCGUGGACCAUCCAGUUCAAGCAGCAAAUGUUUGCCAAGAUGCGCGAGAUCGGCGUCGACCUGGAGAACAUUGUUUAUUACCGCGGCGAGAUGCACUACCUGGUGAUGACCCCGAAGCGACAGAACCUGCUGGAGCAAAAGGUGCUCAAGGUGAACCACCCGGAGCCUCAAGACCUGGUUCAAGACGACAACAUCAACAAGGGUACGCUGCACGACUACGUCAAGCGCGUCGUGUCGUUCCUAGGGAUCCCCAAGAAGGCCGAGUUUUCGCGUAUCCGUAUGUUCGACUUCAGCACGCGCACUCGCGCCGACAAGGCCGCGAGUAUCAUCACGUCACAGGGCAAGAAGCUCUACGUCGGACUCAUCGGCGACUCAUUGAUUGAGCCGUUCUGGCCCGAGGGCGUCGGAACCUGCCGUGGCUUCCUCGGAGCGCUGGACGGCGUCUGGAUGGUGGCCCAGAUCGGCAAGAAGGCGGACGAGCAACUGCUGGCCGACCGCGAAAUGGCCUACCGAGUCAUCCAGCAUGUGUCCGGCUUCCGGCGCGACGACUUGCAGAAGAACGUGCGCAAGUACACGGUCGACCCCAAGUCGCGCUACACGGUCAAGUUCCCGCAGUUGUGUUAA